ACAAAAAGACAACAACAAGAAACAUUUCACAACACAAAACACAAAACAAUUAUUUGUCAUAGGUUGAUAAGUUAGAAACGCGUCAAAACGCAAUACAAAUUCUUGGCCUUUCUUAGAAAAUCAAAAAUGUUCUCAAUAUUUGGUAAACGAAAACCAGCCGAAACACCAACAGAGGAGGCUAUACAAGGACCAACAGAGCCACCAAAGGCAAAUAGUGGCGAUGAAUUUGUAUUUGUGGAACGCAAAUCGGAUACGGAUCCUCAACCCAAUACAUCUGCAACAACUGGUGGCGGAAUGAUGUACCCGCCAAUGCCGCCAUCGGUCUAUGGAGCCAGUGCCUUGCCAUACCCACCAACAAUAGGAGCAGCGGGAUCAAAACAAUCACCUACAUCAAUGGGUGGUGGUAGCAGUGGACCAGUUCAUUAUCUACAGGAUGUACCCUUCGAAUUGUCACCCCAAUUAGCCAGCAAGGAUAGUCUGAAUGGCACACAAAUGCAGGUGGAUAGCAUAUUGGCUCUAUUGACCCGUCAAAUAUCUGUGGAUGAGCUCGCCGAGGAGUAUACAUUUGCCCUGGAACGAUCCGUUCAAAAUGAUUGUUAUUAAGCGAACAAAUUAGAUUUGACAUUAUAAUUGUUAUUAAUAGAAUUAAAUAAAAUUUAAUUUAUGAUAUGUUAA